CUUGGUUAGUUAUUAUUACUACCGUAACUUUAACCAAAUGGAAAAGCUCCUGAAUAUUUCAAAAUAAUCGAUUUAUCAGAGAAUGAUAGUACAAUAACUUGAAAUAUGGACUAAUUUACUGCUUAACGAAGAUAUUUACCUCAUGUAUGGAGGUAGUUUCCGUCGACUGAUGGACCAUACUCAAUGUUAAUCUUCUAAACAGUAAUAGUGACAAGUAUGGUUAUAAGGAUGAUGAUGAUGAUGAUGAUGAUGACUGGUAGAUAAAUCUGUUAACAAAUCAGUAUGGGAACCGUACUUUCAACAUUUUCCAACGAAGAUUCAUCACAAUAUCCAGUACAUUCACCUAGAAGACCAUUAAGUGAUGUGCAUAAAACAAAAGAAUUCAAGUGUUACAUUCCAUCUACACCACAUAAUGGACCUUAUGAUGAAUACAUUGAUCAACAUGAAUCAAUAAAUAAAAAUUUGAAUUUUGACCAAUAUGGGGAAGCUUUAACAAUACAACAAAAGGAAUAUGAAUAUAUUUCUGGCAAUCGUUGUGCAGAAUCGGAUAAAACUCACAAUCCUGCAAAUAUGUUUAGCUUAAAACGAUUGUUAUUCUCUGGUUUAUCACGUAAAACAAAAAUGUCUAUUAGUAACGGGAUAAUUCCAAGUUUAAGAACCCCAGAUGAUCGAAUUCACAGACUAUCUGUUAAAUCUGAUGGAAAAAAUGCUGUUAAUGGUUGUGGUGAUCAAAAGAAAGUUUUAGUUAAUUCAAAAAAUCAUUCAACGAUAGAAAUCCCGAUUUUUUAUUGUCACCAACAAAAGGAACAUCUUCCAGAAGAUUCAACAAAGUUAAUUAAUAAUAUACGGAAUAUUCAAUUAAAUCCUAUAUCUUCCUCAUCAUAUUGUGAUACAUCAAUUCCAAAAGAGGUUUCUCGAUUUGAAACUUUAGGAAUAACACAAAAUUCUUGUCAUUUUGAAUCCAGAGAUAUUAUGAAUGACAGUGUUAGCCAGGAGUAUCGUUCAUCUGGUCAAAACUCCCUGACAGACUUUAAAUCAGUUUAUCGGAAAGAUUUUAUAUUUCACCACAAUACUACUACUUAUAAUAAUAAUGAACAUCAUAAACAAUUAUCUGAGCCAAAUUCACGAUUGAGACAUCGUUAUUCGCACUGUUUAUCUACAGAGUUUAAUCGGAAAUGCUGUGCUACACACCAUCAUAACAAUAAUAGUAUUGGUAAUACCAUGCCAUAUACACCUAGCCUUGUUGAUUUAAGGUGGGUUGCAAGAUCUAAAGGUUCAAAUAUUAAACGUUCAAACGAACAGCUUUAUGUAAGUAAUUCACCUUAUUCACUUAUUGAAACUAACUCUACUGUGCAAAGUUGUCAGAAUAAUAAUGAUUACUUUUAUAUACCUACGUCUACAAUAUCAGAAAAAUCGUCUAAACAGCUUUCAACAUUCAACGAUAAUGCAUCUCCAGUGGACACUUAUCCAAGAGAAUAUCACCAUCCUAAUCCAACACAUCAUAACUAUCACCAAUAUCAAAAUAACCAAUUGAUAGUAGAACACAUUUCAAGGAAUGUCACUGAUACUUCACCUAGUACACGUAGUUGUUCGUUCGAUAUGCGUUUCCCCCUAUACAAUCAUCAUGAUAAUCAGUCAGGUAAACGAAACUCCUCUUUGUGUACUGUUAAAGAUAAUUAUGCCCCAAUACUUAUACCACCAAAUACUUCUACGCUCUCUGAAAAUAGUAAUAUUAAAAGUUUUAAUUUAUCUUGUGUACAUAACUGUUUAUCAGCUCAAACGUUUGAAAUCCCUGACAAUAAUAUACAACACAAUUACCAUAAGGAAACAAAUAAAACUGAAGAACAAUUAUCAAGUAAAUUUGAUAGACGUUUAACUGAAUUUAAUAUAGAUCUAACAAAUCCAUCAUCUCCUAUUCAUGUACAGAAUAAGGUCAAUCUAAUGGGAUUUGAUAAAUAUCGAAAUAUUACAAAAUCAAUAUCAUGUUAUGCUUUAAAACUUUUCACUCAUCAUAAUAACAAUAAUUUUUAUCAACAAAAAUAUAAAAAAUGUUCUGCUGAGUCAACUACAAUGACAAAAUCAUUUUUUCGAACAAAUAACAUUAUUUAUGAUCGUAAAUUAUCUAAAGUACGCUCUGAUAGGAAGAUGAGUGAUCGUGUGAAAAAGAACUCUUCUGUUAGAGAUAUUAGAGAAUUAAAAAGAUAUCAUCAACAGUUUGAAGAAAAUAAUACAAUUUCUAUCACAACUACAGCUAUGACAACAACAACAGCAGCAACAACAACAACGAAACCAGUAAGUAUGAUGAAUAACAAUCAAAAAAAUACUCUUAUCCCACAAUAUUAUAGAACUGAUGCUCAAUCAACAGAUUGCAUCAAGUGUUUUAAUAAUCGUAAAAGUACUGGAAAAGUAGAUGGAAUUUAUGGAAUGUUUGAAAAUCUAAAAUCUGAUCAUAAACUUGAUAGAUACUAUAAUAUGAAACAUCUUAGUCAUGACAAUCGUUGUUAUUACGAUACAUCUAUGUUGCAAACAAGUUGGAGACAAGAUGAAGUGAAAAAAGAUCAACACCAGUCAGGAAGUGGCAAGUCUAUUAAUAAUAUUUCUAAUACUACCACUAUUACUACUACUACUACUACUACAGCGCCUCAUGUUUAUAAUUUAUUUCGGCAACCGAUAUUUAAAGCAAGUACAAGUGAGUUAUUAAAAUGUUUAUCUGUUUUUAUUGUUGCACGUGUACAAAUGAAUUUACUGGAAAAUUCAAAUCGUUUACGUAAUUCUGAUUUACAUGGUAUUCAACCAGCAAUCAUUGUUGCAUGGAUUCGAGCUAUUGAUCGAGCACUUCUGUUACAAGGUUGGUCUGAAGUGGCAUUUAUUAAUCCAACUCAUGUUGUGUUUUUAUAUAUGAUGUUAAGAAAUUUUAUACAGAAUGGUGAUAUACAUACAGAACGUGAAUUGCAUACAAUCAUUAUGGCAUGUCUUUACUUAGCUUAUUCAUAUGCUGGUAAUGAAAUCAGUUAUCCGUUAAGACCAUUUCUUAUUGCUGAAGCAAAUCAAUUUGUAGCUCAUUCAGAUAGUGGAAAUAAAAAGUUAUUAUCGAGUACAAUGCAUGUAUUGACAUCAUCAUCAUCAUCAUCAUCAUCAACAAUAAUAACAACAUCAACAGGUAUAGAGAAUUGUUUAAAGCCAAAAGUAAUUGAUGAAGUACGCAAUCGUUUUUGGCAAUAUGUUAUACGUAUAGUCAAUGAAAAAUCUUCUGAAAUGCUUCGAAUUCAUGCUGAACCAAUAUUAUUUACACAAAUGUUUAAAGAAUUAACUUCAUAUGAUAAUAUUGUUAUUGCUAUGAAAUUAUUCUCAAAUCGUGAUUACCAUAUCAACAAUAAACAUAAUCAUAACAACACCAACAACAACAUGAAUGACAAUAAUGAUCGAUCUGGAUAAUAGAAAUUUAAAAUUCAUUAUCAAACAAAAGGAAUUGACAAAAUUGGUGAGUUUUUUUUAAAAAAAAAUAUUUAUUGUACCAUAUAAGUUUUCAGCGCCCUAUUCAAGCACAUCCUCACUCACAUAUUUUCAAGCUAACCUAUGGCUUUUCUAACUUGUACUCAAUACAAAUACCGUUUUAUUUACUUAUUUACAUAGAUACUCCAUUCGACUUACAAAAUAACAAGUUGUGUAUAAUAACAAUCAUAAAAACAAUAUACAGAUAUAUAUAUAUAUAUA